AUGCUGGCCGCCGAGCUGUAUGAUCUGUUACUCGAGCUCAUGGCCUUGCUCUGCAAAAAGACGGGACACAACAAUAUGGUGUGCCUCCAGUUCAUAACCCGCUUCGGUGUCACCGACAUGGUGCCGGCGGGCGGACAGAUCUCCUUUGGUGAUGUUGCUGCAAAGGUCCCAGGGCUGACUGAAUCCAUCGUCGGCCGUCUACUGCGACAUGCCAUGACGAUGCACGUGUUCCACGAGCCCCAACCCGGCAUGGUCGCCCAUACCAAAGCCUCCAAAGCCCUUCAAACCAACCCGGUGUUGAACGCUUGGCUGAGGAGCGGAACCCAUGAGAUGUGGCCGGCUGCGGUCAAGAUGCUUGACGCCUUAGAAAAGUGGCCCGGGUCCUCAGAGCCGUCAGAGACGGGGUUUGCCCUGGCGAAUGGUACAGUUACCACCGCCUUUGAGAUCCUCGGCAGCGACCCCGCCCGGGCCGCCAGGUUCGGUCGCGCCAUGAGCAUCUACGCCAUGAAGCCCGAGUACUCGCCUUCUUACCUGACAGAAUACUUCGACUGGGCAAGUCUUUGA